AUGGCCAUUACAUCGGUGCAGUCGAUUCUGCCUGCUCGGUCCUCAAUCAAUUCAACGGAGAAGGGCGCCGUCAAGCCGCCUCCCAAGAUCUUUGACGUCCACGAGCGUCCUUUCAAGGGCUACCAGCCCCCGCAGACUGAGGGCUACGAACAGAGCAAAUCCAAGCCCGAUACGAGCGCUAUCGUCAUUGACAAUGGCUCUCACCUCGUAAAAGCCGGCUGGUCGUUCGACAAGAGCCCCCGAUUCGUAAUACCCCCUGUGAUGAGCCGAUACCGGGACCGAAAACUGAACAAGGCCUGCCAAUUCAUCGGACAUGAUGCCUACAUCGAUGCGACUACGCGCGGCCAGCUCCGUUACGCGUUCGAUCCUGGAACCAGUGUGGUGGGCAACUGGGACGUAACGGAGGGCGUGUUGGACUACCUGUUCAUCAAACUUGGUAUCGACGGGGCCAAUGGAGGUGUUGACAGGCCCAUUGUCAUGACGGAGCCCAUUGCGAACCCGAAUUACCCAAGGAGGAUGAUGAAUGAGAUCCUGUUCGAAUGCUACUCCGCCCCGUCGGUCGCGUACGGAAUCGAUUCGCUGUUCUCCUACAGGUAUAAUCGCGGAACGGAUGGUCUGGUUGUUUCUUCGUCGCAUACCUCCACGCACGUUAUCCCAGUCCUCAAUUCGAAGGCAAUGCUUUCCAACUGUUCGCGUUUGAAUUUUGGCGGGAUGCACGCUUCGGAAUACCUCCUAAAACUUAUGCGACUGAAAUACCCGACAUUUCCUGGGAAGAUGACGGAUAAUCAGAUGGAAGAUCUUGUGCAUAACCACUGCUACGUUUCCAAAGACUACGACCAGGAACUGAGUGGGUACUUGGACUGGACGGGCCUGGAAGAUCGAGACCAUGUCAUUCAAUACCCUUUCACGGAGCAUAUCGUACCGGAGAAGACAGAGGAGGAGCUUGCACGUAUUGCGGAGAGGAAAAAGGAGAGCGGCCGACGGUUACAAGAGCAGGCCGCUAAGAUGAGACUGGAGAAGUUGAUGAAGAAGGAGCAGGAACUAGAAUACUACAAGGACCUGCAGCGUGGUCUCCAAUCAGAAACAAAGAAGGAGAAAGUUCGAAUCUUGGAUGCCGAGGAUCUAAAGGAUGAGGCGCAUCUGGACCGGCUGAUCCGGGAUCUCGAGCGUGCUAUCAAGAGGUCAAGGAACAAGGAUCUCGGCAAUGAGGAGACUGAAGAGGCGCAGGAGGAGACCACAUUCCCACUGCUAGAAGUCCCCGAUGAGGAAUUAGAUGAGGCUGGUCUAAAGGAGAAGCGCCAUCAACGUCUGAUGAAGUCCAACGUGGACGCCAGACAACGAGCAAAGGAAGAGAAAGAGCGGGAACAAGCCCGCAGGGACGAGGAAAUCCGGCUUGACCGGGAAAAGCGUGAGAAUAACUUCGAAAGCUGGAUCUCUGAACGGAGAGUGCAGCGCCAGAACCUUCUUCAAAGAAUCAAGGAACGGGACCGCUUGAAGGCUGAUCUUGGCAACCGCAAGUCAUUAGCCAGUCAGAUGCGCAUGAAGACCCUCGCCAACCUCGCAGCGGACGGCCCGAAGAAGCGACGAAGGGGAGGAGAUGAUGACGAUUUCGGAGCCAACGACGAAGACUGGGGUGUCUACCGAACGGUGGCCACGGGAGAGGCAAGCGACGAUGAAGAGGAGGAAGACUUCGGCGGAAUGCUCGACAACGUCGAGAAAGAGCUGCUGGAAUACGACCCGGAGUUCACGGAAAACCACACGCUCGCAGCCCAGUCUGACUGGACGAAGAGCUUAAUCCAUGUGUUCCUGCGCGGCCCGUGGGCUUUCGACCCAGAGAGCCAACGCGAGGCCCACCAAAUACAUCUGAACGUCGAACGAAUUCGAGUACCGGAAGUGGUUUUCAAGCCGUCAAUUGCCGGAAUAGACCAGGCGGGCUUGGUCGAGAUCGCUGCGGAUAUUGUAAACCAACGAUACCCGAACCCGGAGGAGCAGUCGAAAUUGCUACGCGAUGUGUUCCUUACCGGUGGCAAUACCCUCUUCCAGAACUUUGAUGAACGAUUCCAGAACGACUUCCGAGCUUUCCUUCCUCUCGAUGCUCAGCUGGGCGUACGUCGUGCGACGGAUCCUAUUCUUGACGCCUGGAAGGGAGCAGCGCAAUGGGCUUCUGGAUCGGCGCUGGCCAAGUCAUCCAUUUCACGCGAGGAGUACCUGGAAAAGGGCAGCGAAUAUCUCAAGGAACACGAUUUGGGCAACGUUACUUCGUGGUGA